UUAAUUCAGUGAAAUAAACAAAUAAUAAAAACAAUCAAAAAAAUGGAACACGCAACGGAUUGUGGAUGUAGUCAGCAUGCUUCUACCACACAACAGACACUUUCAGAAUUAGAUUUUGAACGCGGCAUCUGGAAUGCAGCAAUUUACAAUGAAGUCGAACGAAUUAAAAGUUUUAUUCAUCUUGGCAAAACAAUGGACCGUGAUAAUUUUGGUUACACAGCUCUACAUUAUGCAGCCAGGAAUGGCAAUGAAGAUAUUUGCAAUAUCCUCAUAAAUGUUGGCGGUGCAGACGUGAAUGCUGUAACAAAUGGUGGGGCAACUCCACUUCAUCGAGCUGCUAUGAUGGGUCACUUAAACAUUGUUGAAUUACUUAUUAAAGCCAAAGCUAAUUGUCUGCUGCAAGAUGAAGAUGGACAAACUGCACUUCACCGUGCCGCCGCCAAUAGCCAUGUAAGCAUUUCCAACUAUCUCAUCGAUUUGCAACCAAUUCUAAAAACGAUUAAAGAUAAAAAAGAUCAAACUCCAUUUGAUGUUAUACCGCGUAACGCAAACGAUGAUUUUAAAUUUUUGCUUAAACCUUAAUUAAGUUUUUAAAUAUUUAUUAAAUGAAACAAAACUAAAAUAAAUAUAAAUAAUAUUGUUUUGUUCCUUGUAUUGUAUUUUUCGCUUGUUAAUUAAUUUUCUACUAUU